AUGGAUAGCAAUAUUAAAGAAUACCCUGCUCCUUCGAAUGAUACUAGUGUGUAUCAACAACAGCAACAGCAACAAUUGUAUCAACGACAACAAUUACAACAACAGCACCAAUUGCAACAGGGUCAGCAAUAUUACUAUGAAACUGCAAAGAGCGAUCAACAACCCCAAGCUAGUUUAGCUCCCUUUCCAGGUGAUGGAACUGAUUCUUCCAAUUCUCAACAUUUAGUAUUCCAAAAAUCUUCUGUCUCCAAAGGGAAAUAUACGUUACAAGAUUUUCAAAUAUUGAGAACUCUUGGUACAGGCUCUUUUGGCAGAGUUCAUCUAGUGAGAUCAAUCCACAAUAGAAGAUAUUAUGCAAUAAAAGUUUUGAAGAAGCAGCAAAUUAUCAGAAUGAAACAAAUAGAACAUACAAACGAUGAGAGAAGAAUCUUGAAAAUGGUAGAACAUCCAUUUUUAAUAAGAAUGUGGGGGACUUUCCAGGACUCCAGAAAUUUAUUCAUGGUAAUGGAUUAUAUUGAAGGUGGUGAAUUAUUUUCAUUGUUGAGAAAAUCGCAACGGUUCCCAAACCCAGUGGCUAAAUUUUACGCAGCUGAAGUUAUAUUAGCCUUGGAUUACUUACAUUCACAUGGUAUAAUUUAUAGAGAUUUAAAACCUGAAAAUCUUCUACUAGAUCGUUUAGGUCAUAUUAAAAUGACUGAUUUUGGUUUCGCAAAAGAAAUUUCUACUGUUACUUGGACUUUGUGUGGUACUCCUGACUAUAUUGCCCCAGAAGUGGUAGCCUCUAAACCUUACAAUAAAUCUGUAGAUUGGUGGUCCUUGGGUAUCUUAAUAUAUGAAAUGUUGGCCGGUUAUACUCCAUUUUAUGAUACAACUCCAAUGAAAACUUAUGAAAAGAUAUUGAACGGGAAAGUAAAUUAUCCAUCCUUUUUCCAUCCAAAUAUUGUAGAUUUAUUAUCAAAUUUGAUAACGGCAGAUUUAACAAGAAGAUUCGGUAAUUUACAAAGCGGAGCAGAAGAUAUAAAAUCACAUGCCUGGUUUAGUGAAGUUGUAUGGUCAAAGCUACUUGCAAGGGACAUUGUAACGCCAUAUGAACCACCAAUUCAAUCAGAAGUCGGUGAUACAUCAUUAUUUGAUCAAUAUCCAGAAGAACAUUUCGAUUAUGGUAUUCAGUGUGAAGACCCAUAUACACAGUAUUUCACAGACUUUUAA